AUGACACCGAGAAUAGCUUUCCACGCCAAUGCUCCAAAGGACCACUCCAACCUUGCUGCUCAUCAGAACCUGAUCUUUGACAACGCCAUCACCAACAUUGGAAAUAAAUACCAUCACGCCACAGGGGUAUUUCUAUUUACUCCUGAUGUUUCUGGUGUCUAUGUGUUCUACUUGCAACUAGUUAUGUGUGCUACUGGGCAUAGUGUCAACACUGAACUAGUGGUGGAGGGUGUCGGACGGGCUGGGCACUUCGUAUAUAGCAAAGAAGUUUGCGCAAAUGGAGGCGGAAUGACCAUCGUCCAUGUAAAUGCUGGGGACUCCGUCUGGGUUCGACUCUCAGUAUCAGAUGGAGUUAACGCUUUUGGUUGGGAGAGCAGCUUUUCUGGAUUUUUACUGUAUGAAGAUCAGUAA